GACAUCUCAAGGUUAGUAUGCACAAUCAAUGUGAUCAUGUCUGAUAAUGAUGAAGCCAUCGGCCCUUUGCCAACCGAAAAUUCCAACGAUGCCGACGAUAAUGAUCAAAAUGAAUCUAGAGAAGAUACUGUUGGUCCUUUACCAUCUGAAAUGAUGCAGUUUCAGGAAGAUGUCAGCGAAAACGGUGAUUCUCUACCAGUCCCUAAAAAGAAACGUAAAGUCCUUAAAGAUGAAGCAAUUUACCUACGUAAUAUUCCAAUAGCUCAGUACUACGAAAUAAGUUAUAUGCAUAGAAAUGUGAUAACACACGUUGCCUACUCAAAAACUCACUAUUUGAUGACAUGUAGCAAUGAUGGUCAUCUUAAAUUUUGGCGGAAAGCCGAUGGUGUUGGACUAGAGUUUAUCAAACACUACCGAACACAUUUAGGAGCUAUUCUUGGCUUGUCAGUUAGCUGUGAUGGUGAAUUAGCCUGUACUGUUGGUGAUGAUAAAACUGCCAAGGUUUUUGAUGUUAUUAAUUUUGAUAUGAUUAGUAUGAUGAAAUUAGAUUUUUCACCUAGUGGGUGUUGUUUCAUUUAUACUCCAAAGGAUGAGGUCACUGCAGUUGCAAUAUCCGAUCAAGAUAGUUCUAAAAUUCGGAUAUUUGAUGCACGUAGCAAAGGUGAAUUAUUACAUACAAUUGAAAAAUUACAUGAAGCACCUAUAGUAUGUUUAGCGUUUAAUCCUGUAUACGCAUGUGCAUUAAGCGCGGAUUCCGACGGUAUGCUAGAAUGUUGGUCUGGUCCAAAGAAUAAUUACAGUUUCCCACAGACACUUAAAUGGGAAUAUAAAUCAGACACAGAUUUUUAUUGUUUACUAGCUGAUAAAACCUUUGCAUUCAGUGUUGUAUUCUCUCCAUCUGGUGAGAUUUUAGCAGUACUUGGAGCAGAUAGAAAAAUUCGAUUAUUUCGUUUUUCUACUGGAAAAUUAAUUCGUGUUUAUGAUGAAAGCCUUCAACAAUAUUCUAAUUUACAACAGACUAAACAAUUGCUACCUAGUAUGGAAUUCGGUCGACGUUUAGCACAGGAAAAAGAACUUGAUCGUUCAGAAUUUAAGCAUAGUUGUAACUUAGUGUUUGACUCUUCUAGUAAUUUUUUAGCCUAUGCUACUUUGUUAGGCAUAAAAAUUAUUAAUAUCAUAUCAAAUCGUGUAGUUAGAAAUCUUGGUGGACCAGAGAAUCUACGUUUUAUUCAGCUUGCUUUUAUGCCACCACGUAGUACUUCAAUAUUUUACGGUUCAACUAAUAUUGGUUCUGGGACAUCAUCUUGUGUGCCUAGUUUAGAAAUGCUUGCUAUGGCAAAUGAUUCAUUACCCGGGACUAACAAUAGUACCACUUCAAGUGAUUCAACAGCAAUUUGUACACCUGUAAUAGUAUGUACUGCAUUUAAGAAAAAUCGUAUCUAUUUAUUUACAAAUCGUGAACCACAUGAUGUAAAAUCUGAUGGUGAUACAGUCACUUCAGGAUCUACUGCCGAACGUGAUGUAUUCAAUGAGAAACCAACUAAAGAAGAAGUAUUAGCUGCAACAAGAGAUUCAGCAACAGCUGCUUCACGAUUAGCUGGUAGCGCUAUUCUACAUACAACUUUAGGUGAUAUACAUAUUCGCUUAUGUCCUAGAGAAUGUCCUAGAACAGUGGAGAAUUUCGUUGGACAUUCAAGAGCUGGUUAUUAUAAUGGUCAUAUAUUUCAUAGAGUUAUUAAAGGUUUCAUGAUUCAAACUGGUUGUCCUUUAGGCACUGGUACCGGUGGUGAAUCUUUAUGGGGUGGUGAAUUCGAAGAUGAAUUUCAUCCUAGUUUAAGACAUGAUCGACCAUACACUGUCAGUAUGGCUAAUGCUGGUCCUAAUACUAAUGGUUCUCAAUUUUUUAUAACUGUUGCUCCAACUCCUUGGUUAGAUAAUAAACAUACAGUAUUUGGUCGUGUGAUUAAAGGUAUGGAAGUUGUUCAAAAAAUAUCAAAUAUUAAAACAAAUCCAAAAAAUGAUAAACCAUUAGAAGAUGUAAAUAUUAUUAGUGUAACUGUAAAAGAUUUAGGUGCUGGUAUUUAGAUUUUUUUUUGUAAAAAAAAUAUAAAAAAAAAGAAAAUAUAAUUUACUUUUCUAGUUUUUUUUUUAUUUUUAAAGUUUUCGCCCGCCCCCCCACCCUCUCAGUAAAAUAGAUAUACACAUUGUAAAUAGUCAUUUUUGUUUUGUUUUGGUGUAUAUCCUACAAUUGAACGAAAUGGCCGUCCAAUGCUUCCAGGUUUUCCAUAGUGAUCUAGCUUUAAUUGACUCAUGAUUUCAACUAUGUAUGUAUCAUUUGUUAAAUAUUUCAAUGGUUUUAUAUAAAUAAAUAAAUAUAUAUCAAUUAGGAAUG